CCACUGUAAUUUACACCAUGGCGUCAUGUUCUGAGUUUUCACUGGAGGCGAAAACGACUGGGCUAUGUUAUCAGUUGAACCGAAAAUUUCAAGACGACGCCAAGGUGUCACGUGAUGAAAUGGAACGGAACAAGAAGACAGUCUGUGAUAUUGUCGAUAAAGUUAUCGAACAUAUGCAGAAAGACGCCACGUUUCAGGCAAGCUACGUUCGCAACAUUGGUGUUGGCAGCUCGCAUGAAAAGCUCAAAGUCCGCGAGGCCGACGAGUUCGAUUACAACAUAUGCCUUAAAAUACCGGAUGGAUGGAAAGGACAGAUAGAGGGUCCAAGUUCACUUGGUCCUCAAGGCUACGCAAUGUAUAAACUGGAUGUGGGUUUUUCAUCUUCUACUUCCCUCGUUCACCGUAAAUGGCAGUCGUUUAUGGACCACAGUCAUUACCUUCUACCUUUUAAGCUAUAUGAUUGGUUCUAUGGUCUGGUGGCAAAGGCAUUAGCAUCUAGUGAACUGAAGUACUGUGAUGAAAUGCAAGGUGUCACUCUCCGAAGAGCUGAACCGUCAGCGAACCUCAUAAUAAACAAACCUGGUCGGCAAGAAAUGUCAGUGGAUCUAGCCCCAACACUACAAAUGGUUGGCAAUCCACCAGGCUUUAGGUUUCCUGAUACUUGGCCUAACAAAGAAAUGACAGAGAAAAUAGAAGACGUAAUGCGAUGUAACAGUCUGUGGCAAAUUUGUACAAAAGAGUACACGGGUGCGGUCCUGGCUGGAAACGAACGUUGGUGGCGUAUUUCUACCUCACCUCUUGAGAAGUAUGUCCUCAAUACAAUUGACCGAUACAAUGGAGUUGAUAGCAGAGGAGGGAGUCGAAAAACAGUCCUGCGAUUAUUAAAGUUACUACGAGAGAUGGACGGUUCUAAUUGGUUAGCAAUUAAAUCAUAUCACCUUAAACACUUAGUGAUGUUAGAGUCUUGUCGCUAUAAUGACUGGCCAGUUGAGAAGAUUGAUGUUCGUUUCAUUGGAUGUCUUAGAGCGUUAGAAAAUUCUUUGCGGAAACGCAACCUCCAGAAUGUGUUUUUUCCUGAAAUGAAUUUAUUCCAUGAUCUCAAAUUUGAUGCGGCCAAUAAUUUAGCUUAUCGCGUGAAAAAAAUUGCUGACAAAAUUGAAAAAGAUCCCGAACUUAUCAAUAAAUAUCUUACUUGUAGCGUUGCUGCUGAAAACUUGGAGAGCCAACUGACUGCACUGAAAAAAUGUCAGCAUGUUCGGACAUGUCCUGACGAUGUCCCGGGAUGGUUUCUGGAUUAUAUACCAUGUCAUAUCAACCAUUUCUUUGCGUUGCUUGAUAAUGUUUAA